GACAGAGGACAAGUUGUCUCAUGAUUCAGAUGCUUCAGCAUCUGUGGACGAUCAGCCAGAGGAGGUCCAGCCGAGGCCUCCGAGGUUGGACGAGCGUGUUUCCGCGUUGAAAGAGAACUUGUCCAGCUCUGGACCAGUUCAGGGACAUCCCAGCAGGAGGUGAAUCACAACAGGUCUACUGUCUUGCCUGGCAUCUGGCAGCAGAGAGAGAACGGGUUGCAUUUUCCUUGGAGGACGGCGGCUCGAAGUUUCUGAAAAUAUGACAGUUAAAGCUUUGAGGAGCCUUUCGCACCUCGAAGUCAGAGCGGCACCCACGGCGUUCUGCGAGUUAGUGACUUUGGUCAUUGGGAUUCUCUCGCCCUGAGUAACGUGAUGCUGGUAUUUUAAGAAACAUUCCUGUACUUCCUCUUUUUGCCUCACGACCACAGCCGGCCACACUCAGAGGCACUGUGCUGCACUCACUCCCCAGCGCCAGACGGCCAGUCUGUCCAUCUGCAAGCCGCGGCUCGUCAGCAUCCUGGGGCGCGCCUCCAUGCUCCUGUGGGCGUCUCUGCUGGUCCUCGCUCCAGCCGGUGGACAGCCUGAAGCUGCGUCCAAACCCGUGAUUUCCCUCCAUCCUCCUUGGACCGUCGUCUUCAUAGGAGAGACGGUGACUCUGACCUGCAAUGUGUCUCACUUCCUCGAACCAGAGAAAAGACGGCGCUUCUUCUGGUUUCUCGGGAGGAGAAAACUAGGUGAAACCCCGGGAAGCACCCUGCCUGCCCGUGACUCUGGAGCGUACGGAUGCCAGACCCAGGACUCGCUCCCCAGUGACUACGUGAGGCUCACCUUUUCUUCAGGCUUGCUCAUUCUCCAGGCCCCACAUGCCGUGUUUGAAGGUGACACGUUGGUCCUGAGGUGCCGGGUGAAGAGGAGGGAGACGCUGACCACCGUGAAGUACAGCUGGAAUGAGAAGGUCAUUUCCACCUCCAGUCAAAGCCAGGACCUGCUGAUUCCACACGCAAGUGCAAACAACAGCGGCUCCUACCGCUGCACUGGAUACUUGGGCAAAAACAACAUAUUUAGGUCAAACAGCAAGAUAGUUCGCAUUCAAGAACUAUUUCCACAGCCAAGGCUGAAAGUCACCCCAUCCCAGCCCACAGAGGGCGGCUCCAUGAACCUGAGCUGCGAGACUCAGCGGGCUCCGGAGCGGCGGGACACGGUGCUUCAUUUCAUCUUCUUCAGGGAGCACGGGGGCAUGCUGUCAGACUGGAGCCGGUCCCCGGAACUCCAGAUCACAGACAUCCGGAGGCAAGACUCGGGAUGGUAUAGGUGUGGCGUCGCUGCGGCCCAGGACAUCCAAAAGCACAGCCUCCCGCUGCAGGUCUCCGUGCAGGGGGUCCCGGUGUCCGGAGUGCUGCUGGAGACCCAGCCCCCGGAGGGCCUGGCGCUUGCCGGGAAGCCGCUGGUCCUUGUUUGCUCGGCGGCCGCAGGCACAGGGGAUACCACGUUCUCCUGGCACCGGGAGGACACGGGGCAGAGUCUGGGGAGGGAGCGUCGGCGUUCCCGGACAGCGCGCCUGGAGAUCCCUGCGGUCGGCGGCAGCCACGCAGGGGCCUACUUCUGCACAGCCGACAACGGCCACGGCCUCGCCCGCAGCGCGGUCCUGAACGUCACCGUCACAGGCACCCCGAGGGACAGAAGUGGCCUCACUGCUUCUGGAGCCGCCGGGGGACUGCUCAGCAUUCUCCUCCUGGCCGCAGGCCUGCUGAUCUACCACAGGCACCAGAGGAAGUCAGGAGACGGUUCUCCGGGCGACACGGCCAGGAGCCCGCCCACCACAGGUCCAGGAGAGGCACCCCAUGGCAGGUGCCAGGGCCAGAAAGACAGCCCAGUGGAGCUCCAGUAUUUGCAUGGCAAUGAGAGUGUCAGAGAGGGAGACUUGGUAUAUUCUGAGAUCCAGGUUAUCCAGCUGGGACAUGAAGGGGAAGGCGGUAAAGGCAGGAGCACGGUUUCUUGGCUUGGGAGUGAGGAAGGACCUUACAGAUCCACAGAGCUUGCAGAGGGCCUGGCUAAGAGAUGCCAGGGCCCCUGGAGCGUCUCUAGAGGACAAGUGUGCUGCAGUUGUCUACUCCUCGGUGAAGACACAGGUCCAAGGGGACUCCGCCAGAGAGGUCAGGUCUCAGGACGAAGAUGCCACGGAUGGUUACGAGAAUGUCCUACCUGUAUGACCUGUCCCCGAUCCGAAGCCCCGGCUCAGGGCAGGCCUCAGGGUCCUGGGAGUGACCAGCUAGUUCUAACUGCCUGCAUGCCUUCCCAUCCGGGACUCCUGAUUCACCUUCUCUGAACUGGUGAUGGGGCGGCCACUGAAAGACUUGCUCAGGGGACCAGGAUCUGUGGUAAGAGAAGACUCAGAAGACCCUGCUCUGAGUCUGAUGUGAUGUGCUGCCCACGGUCUGAUUUAGGGAAAAGGAAGAAGGUGAUUUGGGAUUUGCACAAGGCACGACUGAGUGACCCAGGUCUCUGCCCUAUGCGUCCCCAACAACUGUCCCACUUGGGAUUAGCCACAUCGGUGGGCUUAACUGUGCAUGGCGCCCGGGUCCUUCCCACACCAAGCCCAACACCGCCUCUCCCGCCUGCACUGUUUACAGUCAGGAUUGCUCCGGAGACAAAAGAUUCCACACCACUGGUUUACAGAGAAAAGAAUUUAAAUAGGGUAUUAAUUUAAUUAAUUAAUUAGGGUAUGAGAAGCAGGCUCUAGGCUGAGCUUCCAAAAGCAAAAGGUAAUUAUACUAAUGUUAUUUAAGACAAAGAUUUUUAACAUUAGAGAAAAAAAUACAAAAACAAAAUUAAUAACCCUACAAAUCUAAAUUGGAAAAGUAAUGACCCUACAAAUUUGAAUUGGCAAUUUCCAUAGAAACUGAUUAUCAAACUCUGCUUUUUAAAAAAGAUAUUUAUUUCCUAGAUCUGUCCACUGAAAAGGCCUAGGAAUAAUUAGCAAUCCAACAGCAGUGAGCACCCCUUCCACAGCCUGUGUUCUCCAAAUAUGAUUUUCCACCCAAAGGCUACUGGGCUCUUUCUUGCAGGUGUGUCGUUAGUUACCAAAUAGUUGAUGUGGGAAUGAGUAAUUCUCCCAAUAAAUGAAGAAGGAAUGAAAGACACAGAAAACCACUCUUCUGCCCUGGGCGCGCAGGAGCUCUCGGCUCGCGGGUCAGACACCCUGCAGCUCCGGUCUCUGUGGUCCCGUGUUCAGGCGUGCAGGACCCCCUGACCUGGUGCGGCCCACGAGUCUUCUCAAAAGGAACACUAGUUACUUGCGAAGGGCACAGCUUUGUUUCAAAACCCUCGGUCCCUGACCGGGAGUCCGCCGUCCAGCUCGCAGGCUUCACACAGCACCCGGCCAGCCGCAGCACUUCUGAGCCCUCCGGGUUCCCGGGGCCCUAAAAAUCCAAGGACGAACUGAUGGCGUUACAGCCUAAACAAGCUGAAAACAUCUUGCUUGCUUGGGGCUCCCACCCAAAGAUAACUACUCAGAGCCGGGCGGCGGAACGUGGUGUGUGUUGCCUCCAACAUCCAGAGGCCUAUCCCUUAGAUAGGCUUCUCCCUUAGAAUGGGAGUGGCAGCCAGUCUGUCUUAGGAAGGCCGUCUCCCCACGUCACCGGGGCCAUCACACCAAAAGCCCAGUGGAGGAGGGAUUAUAUGUCCAUAGAAUUAAAAGAAUGAACUAAUUUAGAAGUGCUCAAACCUGGGUACUGCUGAGGAUAGAAACCAGGGGGAAAGUCUGGGACAUCGGUGCGCCUGACAGGGCCUGGGUUCCCCGCACCCGCACAGGACGCGGCCCAGUGGUCCUGGUGAGUUCUUCUCGUGCUGCGUCAGAACCUGUGCCGUUGCUCCGCAGUGGCCCGGGACCAAUGACGCUGGGGUCACAGCAGCCCCUCGGUGGAACCUACUGGAAAGAUUCAGGGUCUGUACCGACGAGGUUUUGGAAGUGGGUUUAUCACGUUUGUCCCGCUCACAUACGCGCUGCCUAUGUCCCCUCUUCCGGGAAGAGUGCAUGUGACAAAAUAACAGAGACGGGCCUGGGACAAAGGUGAGGCUCCCUGAUUAUGGCAGGUUCAGGGUGCUGGAGACCCAGGAAGACAGCUUCUGGGGACCAGAAUUCCGGGGCUGACCAGGACUUUGGGUCACGGGGCCAGAGGAGAUGAGCAACCUAGAGUUGUGUCCCUGAAAAUAAACCGAAGCCUGGUGUGAGCCAUCAAAGCAAGUCAGUGCCACCCCAGGUUUUGUGCUGAUUGCUACAUCAGUCAGGGUUCCCUGGCACACAGCGGGUUCUGUGGCACACAACAGGGUUCCGUGGCACACAGUGGGUUCCCUGGCACACAGCAGAUUCCGUGACACAUAGCAGGGUUCUGUGGCACACAGCGGGUUCUGUGGCACACAGCAGGGUUCCGUGGCACACAGCAGGGUUCCGUGGCACACAGCGGAUUCCAUGAGACAUAGCAGGGUUCCGUGGCACACAGCGGGUUCCGUGGCACACAGCGGAUUCCAUGACACAUAGCAGGGUUCCGUGGCACACAGUGGGUUCCCUGGCACACAGCGGGUUCCGUGACACAUAGCAGGGUUCCGUGGCACACAGUGGGUUCUGUGGCACACAGCAGGGUUCCGUGGCACACAGUGGGUUCUAUGGCACACAGCGGAUUCCGUGACACAUAGCAGGGUUCCGUGGCACACAGUGGGUUCCCUGGCACACAGCAGAUUCUGUGACACAUAGCAGGGUUCCGUGGCACACAGUGGGUUCUGUGGCACACAGCAGUUCUGUGGCGCACAGCAGAAUCCCUUGCAGCUGAUUUAUGAAGAAAGGUAUUUAGUAUCUGACCUAGAAGGGAAGGCUGGAGAGCGAGCCUCUAGAGCUGAGCUUCCAGAAGCACCUCCCACUAGCACGAGAGCAGCCCCCGCCCCCACGGCUGACUCAGGGCCCGGGGCAUCUGUGGCUGCCGGAAGGGCUCUGAAUUCAAGCACCUACUAUAAUCAGGGGACGCAGGGGCGACUGUGCCCUGGAUGGAGACGGGCCGCUCUGCACACACGGUCCCACUGCUCCCCUCAACGGCCCAGUUCACGUGCCAGGAGUCAACGUUCCACAUUUGCUCCCCCAAAAAACUAGAAAUAUUGAGAUUCACAUUGGCAUUCUCUUCACUUGGCCUAAACUUUUUUUUUUUGAGUGCUUUUGACAACUCCUUGCUUUCACACUUGAGCCAAGUUAGUAGUUUGCCAAGACAAUCUCUGGGCCCAUCCAUCUGGGCCUCUGGCGACCCCACUGUGCGCACCAUCGGCCUUCAGCUCCCAUCAACCCCACCCCAGAUUUUUGCUUGUUAUAUUUAAUAAAAUCUGUAAGGCUGAGCAUGAACUCGAGAUAAAAGGUAAAACAGCCCCCAGCCAAAUGUCACUUCAAGAGUUUCAGAAAGAGGAACCCCGAGAUAAAUAUAUCACUUUGGUUUAUGCAAAAGUGUGUUGGGUCUUCGGACUUCCCAGAGGCAUGGAAAAAUAACACCUCAAAAAUUUACAUGCGCUGGAGGGGAAGGGGAAGGCCUUGAACCAGUUGGCUUCUGUUAUUUUCUGCUGUCAAAAAUGAGAGUUUUCAUUACGCAAGGAAGUCGGCUCACCUGCACAGGGCCCCCUUCCCCGAGGGCCGGGGGGCUGCCCAGGACCUCAGACAAGAGAACAGAAUCCGAGGCAAAGACACACCUACCUUCCCAGGCCCCAUGGGAGAAUGAAACACAAAGCCCCUUGUUCUAAAAGCAAGGGGGAAAAAGGGUGGUUCAAAAUACAGAAAUAUGAAGCCUCUUCCUUCUUUCCAUGGUCUCUGCCUCAACUUGUCAUGAUGUUUUUUGCCAUUUAAUUCUUAGUCGUUCUAAGGAGAGAAAAACCGACAUUGGAAAUCAUUCGCAUGAAUUUCAUGGUUUAUCUUUAUUGUAACUGCAAAUAUAAGAGCUUCUCUUGCAUCCGCGGGGUCACUGAAAUUAGACAGCUUGCCUCUCGUAGCCAGUGCUAUGAGAGGAAUGGAAAUGGGGCAAAAAAAAAAAAAAUCUGUCAACGUUCUGCAUUCAUCUCCUCACG